AUGCCAGUGCCAUCCGUGAUCCAUUACCGAGAAGAAUCUCUUCCAUACCCUGACCCUUCAGUUCCUGACUCUACCACUCCUCUCUCUUCUUCAAAUCGCUUUCGCGCUUCCACUUCUACCACCACCACCACCUUCCCCCCUACGACUGAUCCGCCUACAUCCUCUACUACCACCUUUACUGGGUCAGUCGUCGGCUCGAUUUCCCGCCGCAAUCGUCGCUCUUUUGCUGCCUUGGCCCAGAAAACCUCCAGUGCUCUAGCCAGCUUGUCCACCAUCUCCACUAUCUCGCAGCCUACGACAUACAAUACCCCCUCCACGCUGCGCUCGUCCAACUCCUCGGGCAGCCUGUCCAAACUCACCAAAUCAAGCGCCUCGACUCCCUUGACCCCGCCUUUUGACGGAGAUCCUUACGAGCAAUUGCCUGCCUCGCGCUCGGUUUCCCCGGAACCGUCCUUGCAAAGACGGCGCUUGACGCUGCAGCGCGUCCCGACUCCCCCUCACGACCCUCGCCCCGUUCCGACGGGCGCUGCGCCAACCGCGCCUCCCAAGAUGCACCAAACUUCCUCGAGACUGUUGCGCAUGACCGAAGAUGAGCGCCCUUUCACCAAGGAUUUCAUGGACUUGUUCUCCACCUUGAUGGUGAGUUUGAAGUUGGACUCCCACCGGGUCCGCUUCACGAGAUAUGACCACACCUUCACCUCCGAAGAGGCGAUCAACAACUUGGGAUCCCUCAAAUUCUCCCAGUCGAACCGUAUGCCCGACCCCAAGGACCCCUCGCGCAUUGUGACCACUACGACAACCACCACCUUCUCUAUGGCCAAGGAAAUGGCGCGCUCCGUUUGCCAGCGCUUUGUGGAUGCCCGCUUUAUCGAAGCCGUUGAUGGUAAGGCGCUGCCGAUUUUCCCGCUCAAGGGCGCCCUCUUCCAGCUCACCCCGAAGGGUAUCAACAUUCUACAACGCUUUUGCCAGCGCAAUGGAAUCACCGCUCGUCACGUGAUGGAUGUUCUGGAGUCGCCGCGCAACACGAUGCAAUUGGUGAACUUGGAGCGAGACACGGAUACCGAUAAGUUGUCGCAUGAUCGCGCGACCAUUGAGGUGAUUUUCCGCCGGUUUGCGGGACAGGAUGGUCCCAAUAUCAAGAGCAGCAUUUCCACAUCAGACUCCGACUCACUCAGCGACUACUCGAACGGUAUUAUUGGAGUGAAAAUGGCGCGAGAGCGGAAGUUGCAGGAUAACAAGAUUUACACCAACACGUUCACCGGAAAGGGCGCGGUGGAUUGGUUGAUGGACUGCUCAACCACUAUCGAGCGCCGAGAGACUUGUCUGAUUGCUGAGCUUUUCCUCAAGUACGGCUUGAUUACGAUGAUUCAGGACGACAAGUCCUACCCCGACUCCAACGCCGUGUUCCAGCCUUCCAAGUACGCGAUCUACUGCAUUACCGAACGUGGCCAGCGAGUGUGUGGAUGGAUUGCUCGCGACAAGCCUCGCGACAACUCCGGCACUUACGAUAACCGCGGUAUGCCCCGGGAUUCCAACAACGCUCGUCUGACCCACAUCCUGCAAGACCCCGCCCUUCGCCUUUUGUUCCGCGAGUUCCUGCGCUACUCUCUAACCCUCUCUUUCUACCUCGAUGUGUCCGAGUUCACUGCCAACUACCACAAGGCUGAGAAGACUGGCACCUUUAACAAGGUGGAUUCAGUUCGGGAAACUUUGGCCGCUGCUUAUGGUCUGUACAACGCGUUCCUGGCUCCUGGGUCACCUUGCGAGUUGAAUAUCGACCACGCCCUACGCAACAGCUUGGCCAGUCGUAUGACCAAGGCUGUUGGUGACGACGAAUCCAUGUACAAGAGUCUUCAGGAGGUUGUGCAUCUCUUCGAGCUUGCACAGACUUCCGUCUUCAAGCUGAUGUCAAGUGACUCUGUCCCGAAAUUCCUUCGUGACCCCAAGUACUCCGUGGUCCUGCAGGAACACGACGUCGACAUUUUCGGCGGCUCUCGCUCUUAUUCUCCUACCCCGGGUGUCCCGGAACGAAGCAUGAGCCGGUCUGCUCGUUCAUGACAAUCACCGCGAGCCAGCGUCGACGCUUUCACCCGACCCGCAAACAGCAGUCGAUUCCCCCGUCGCGAUUCAAAUGCCACCAUCCAUUCCACGCCUAUCGCAAACUCGUCCAUCAUUCCUCCGGCCCCUGUCAUCUUCUAAGCAAGAAACAGGCGUUUAAGCUUCAACGCCUUUUUGCAGGUCUCAAAUCAGAGUUUCGCGGAUGUGCCUCCGGCCAAUUGUGGUCUGCCCGAUCCCGUUUCUUGUGCGACUGCAACGCGGGAAUCCCACCGUGCCGGGGGGCCUGUUUUUUUGCGCCCGACGAUGGAAUUUACGGAAUGAAGGAGGUCGCAUGGCAUGGAUGUGUUGGGUAAAGGGCCAAGGGUCUGGGCUCUGGGCGCUACUCAAUACGGCCUGGACGCUUUCUCCUUCCUUUUCUCGAACGUACACGAUUUUCAUACCAACUCUCUCGUCACGAAUCGCUUCCGACCUUGAAAAGACAAAGGCCUUUUUUUUUCCCUCUCCCUCGCUACACUUUUUGUCUUUGCUCCUCCCCUUCACAUGGCGUGCAGCCCGCCGGGCGUCUGCGUCUGCGUCUGCAUCUGCAUCUCGUCUUGCGCCCCGUUCCAUUCCCCGGACGGCCCUGCUGAAUUCCCCCGGUUUUAUCUCCUUUAAUUUCCCUCCCUCGACCACGCAUUUCAUUUUACGUCACCACCAGACGAAAGACGUUACGAUUGAUCGAUGCCUCAUGUUAUAGAGAAGGCCGGAAUUUUCCUUUUUUUGUUUGGGUCCCCUUGUAAUAUUUGCAUGAUGUCUUUCUUUAUCCCUCAUCUUUCCUAACUGCAUACCCCAUACCCCAUUUCACCCGGCUGCUGCUUUACCUAUGAUAAUAGGUAAAGCAACUAACUACAAGUCGGAACGACUUAAAAAACUCAAGAAAAAAAAUAUCCGAUCGCAUACAAAAGACUGGGUGGCUCUCCUCGAUUCAUCCUGUUUUUGACCUUGCUAUUGUGUUGUUGUUUGAGCAUCAGAGACGGCGUUUUCCCCCACACACUCCCCCCAACCAUACAUGUUUAUCCAUCUCACAACUCUUUUUCUAUCUCAUUGUUUCCAUCUCAUGCAUGACCCUCCUCCUCUUCAUUGAGCAUCUGUUUUUUUGCCUUUUUUUUUUCUUAGUUUAUUCUUAUUAUCUUUUUUGUUCAUGUUGAUUCUCCCCUUUGUGGUACUGCAUUGUUUCCUUUCUGUGGGCACAGCGUGUGAGUUCUGGCUUUUUGUUUUUUUUUUCCUUUUUUAUCUUGUAUGUCAUAUUAUUCGAACUUCUCCAUGGGAAGGC